UAAUUUCAUUUACGGACGUUCAGAAAAUUGACAUCAUGCCUGCAAGAACGUAUAAAUAACCAGCACAGUGCCUUUCUGAUCGUCUGCAGCAACAUCUCUAAGGGAGCAUUCUACAGGCUCGGCUCCUCUAAAGGCACAGCAGAAACUGGAUUGUACACUGAGAAGCAUCUUUUUAUAAAACAGCUCUGAGAACGUCUGACAGAUUUUUCCUCUGCCUUUAAUUGUGUUUGCCAUUUCUUUAAAAAACCAUGUGCACGGGAGGUUGUGCUAAGUGCCUGGGAACCACUCUUAUCCCUCUGGCUGUGCUAUGUACCCUCGCUAACAUUUUGUUGUUUUUCCCUGGAGGAAAAGUGGUUGAAAACAACGUACACAUUACAAAUGAGGUUUGGUACUUCGGAGGGAUCUUGGGAUCUGGUGUAUUGAUGAUCUUUCCUGCCUUGGUAUUUUUGGGUCUUAAGAAUAAUGAUUGCUGUGGAUGCUGUGGUAAUGAGAGCUGUGGAAAGAGGUUUGCGAUGUUUUCUUCUAUAAUAUUUGCUGCAGUUGGAGUUCUGGGAGCUGGAUACUGCUUUGUUUUGUCAGCAGUAGCCCUAAACAGAGGCCCUAAAUGUUACAAUGGAACAGAGUGGACCUAUCCUUUCCAGGAUGGGAAUUACCUCGCUAACCACACAUUGUGGAAUGCGUGUCAGUCACCCGAAAACAUAGUCCCGUGGAACCUAACCCUCUUCUCCUUGCUGCUCGUCAUGAGUGGGAUCCAGGUAGUGCUCUGUGGCAUUCAGGUGGUGAAUGGCCUGUUGGGAACAAUCUGUGGGGACUGCCAAUGUUGCGGAUGUUGUGGGGGAGAUGGAACUGUCUAAAGAACAUGAAUAUUGCAGACAACCCUCCUUACCUUGGGAUGCUCCCUUUUAUGUUCCAUAAAGCAGCCCUCAGAUGCAUUGUCUCUCGCUAAGAAGGUGAGAAUGAAGGGCACUUCCCCCCACUAAUGUUACGAAGCCCUGACUCCCUUUCUAGCCUUCCUGAAACCCCUCAUUGUGGAAUAAAAUAAGUGAAAUUCAA